AUGGCCAUGAUGGCGGCAGUCAUGAGCAGCACGAGCGCGUGUGUAGAACUAGAGCCAGAACCCAAAUCUGGACCCACAGCUGGGUCAGGAAAGAGACGUACCCCCGCAGAGGAGGGGCCGGGGCCUGAGCUGCUGGGGGUGGGGCCUGUAGACUCCUCUGACUCUGAGGACAGCGAGUUCUCUGGACUGGAGGAUUCUGGGUCUGACUCGGACUCUGACGAAGAGGAGGAGGAGGAGGAGGAAGAGCAUGAAGAUGACGGUAGCGAUGAGGACCAGGAGGAUAAACAAGAGGAUGACAAAGCUCAGGGGGCAGUAGAGAACCACACGCAGGUCCAAAUGGAGAAACUGAAGAUGGAUGAAUAUGAACAUGACUCGUCUGACGAAGAGGAUAUCAGGAACACGGUGGGGAACAUCCCGAUGCACUGGUACGCAGACUUCCCUCACAUCGGCUACGACCUCGACGGACAGAAGAUCCUCAAACCCAUCAGGACCAAGGACGAGCUGGACCAGUUCCUCAACAAGAUGGAGGACCCUGACUUUUGGAAAACUGUUCCGGACGCGAGCACAGGGAGAGACGUGGUCCUGACUGAGCAGCAAGUGGCACUGGUGAAGCGGCUGCAGAAAGGACAGUUUGGAGAAGUCAACUUCAACGAGCACGAGCCCGCGGUGGACUUCUUCAGCUGUGAUGUCAUGAUUCACCCAGUCACAAAUCGUCCCAGUGACAAACGCAGCUUCAUCCCCUCACUCAUCGAGAAGGAGAAGGUCUCCAAACUGGUUCAUGCCAUUAAGAUGGGCUGGAUCAAACCACGUCGGCCUGAGGACGUCUCCAGGGGGCGCUACUACGACCUGUGGUCAACAGAGGACCCUAAAUUUAGAGACCUCAGACUUCACGUCCCCGCUCCGAGAGUCCCCCUGCCUGGACACGAGGAGAGCUACAACCCUCCCCCUGAGUACCUGAUGUCCCCUGAGGAGAGGGCAGUGUGGGAGCAGCAGGACCCUGAGGACAGAAAGUUGCCCUUCAUCCCAAAGAAGUUCUUGAGUCUGCGCCAGGUCCCGGCGUUCGAUCACUUCAUCCACGAGCGCUUCCACCGCUGCCUAGACCUGUACCUGUGUCCACGGCAACGCAAGAUGAGAGUGAAUGUGAACCCUGAGGACCUGAUCCCCAAACUUCCACGACCCCGUGACCUGCAGCCGUUUCCCACCACACAGGCAAUGAUUCCAGUGGGACAGAAGGGGCCUACGGGGGGUCUAGGGGGGCUCUGA